UACGGGGAGGAGAACCACGUCUUCGAGAUGAUGCAGGGAGGACACCUGAGCAGUGCACGUCACGACCCGGCGACUGACCCUGGUGCCGCUCUUACCUGGGCGCCAGCCUUGGCUUCAUCCGUUUCCCCUGCACUCGAGUUUCUGGCUCCGUGAAGCCGACGACACAGGGAGAGUCACAGACCCAGUGCCCGCUUCCAUUUUAACAUAAUAAAAAAGGACUACUUUUACCUCCUCCUGAGCACCACCGCUGAGAUCACAGGACAUACAACUAUUUAAAAGUGAAAUUAAAAAAUAUUGGUCUGAGCCAUCUGAACUCUUACCAUCCUGCCAGUGAAAUGGAACCCGGGAUUUCUUCCUCUCGGGUGCAGUGGGCAGCUGGCCCAGGGGAGGGAAGGAAUUGCUGGCGAUGCUGGAGCAACUCCUGAUCCACAAGCCCCCGGACCCCAUCCCGUUCCUCAUCAGCCACUUGCAACAAAACAACGAUAAUGUGCCGAGGAUUGUAAUAUUAGGUCCACCCGCCUCCGGGAAAACAACUAUAGCCAUGUGGCUUUGCAAACACCUGAGCAGCAAUCUCAUCACCAUGGACAGCCUGGUAGCCAAGGAAUUCCCUUUUCUGCCUGCAGCUGCCCAGGCAUAUUACCAGAAAAAUAAGCAAGUGCCCAACCUGCUGCUGAUCAGGAUGAUCCGGAGACGCCUGGCACAAGAGGACUGUGUCCAGCGGGGCUGGAUUCUGGACGGCAUCCCCGAGACGCGGGACCAGACGCUGAUGAUCCAGACCUGCGGGAUCAGCCCCAGGCACGUCAUUGUGCUGAGUGCUCCGGACACAGUCCUGAUCGAGAGAAACUUGGGCAAGAGAAUCGACCCUAAAACUGGAGAGAUUUACCACACCACUUUUGACUGGCCCCCCGACUUUGAAAUCCAGAGCCGACUGCAGAUUCCCGAGGGCAUCUCGGAGCUGGAGACGGCGCAGCGGCUGCUGGAAUACCACAGGAACAUCGUCAGGGUCAUCCCCUCCUACCCCAGGAUCCUGAAGGUCAUCAGCGCCGACCAGCCGUGCGUGGACGUCUUCUACCAGGCCCUGACCUUCGUUCAAAGCAACCGCAGAUCGAACGCGCCUUUCACCCCCCGGGUGCUGCUGUGCGGGCCCAGGGGCAGCGGCAAGAGUCUGCAGGCCGCACUCCUGGCUCAGAAGUAUGGCCUCGUCAACAUCUGCUGCGGGCAGCUGCUGAAGGAGACCGUGGCCGACCAGAGCAAGCUGGGCGAGGUCAUCCAGGACUACUUGGAAAAGCACUGGACAGUCCCCGACAGCAUCAUCAUGAAGAUGCUGAGCCAGCGCCUGAGCCAGCAGGACUGCCUGCAGCGGGGCUGGGUGCUGCACGGCUUCCCACGAGACCUGGACCAGGCGCACCUGCUGGCCAGCACGGGCCACAAGCCCAACAGGGUGUUCUUCCUGAACGUGCCCUUUGACUCGGUCAUGGAGCGGCUCACUCUGCGAAGGACGGACCCCGUCACGGGAGAAAGGUACCACCUCAUGUACAAGCCGCCGCCGACCAUGGAGGUCCAGGGCCGCCUGCUGCAGAACCCGAAGGACUCGGAAGAGCAGGUCAAGCUCAAGGUCGACCUGUACUACCGGAGCUCCGCCGAGCUGGAGCGCUUCUACGGGGAGGCCAUCACCCUCAACGGGGACCAGGACCCGUACACGGUCUUCGAGUACAUCGAGAGUGGGAUCAUUAACCCCCUGCCCAAGAAAGUCCCCUGAGGGGCUCAGGCCAGGAGCACCCCAGAAACAGAGCUAGCCCCCACCCCAACUUCUAGCCCCAGCCAAGCCAAUAAAGAGUGCUGGGUCAAG